UCGUGGUAUGAAUUCGCUUUCAUGACGGCGCGAACCAAAUCUUUCAAAACGCAUGUCUUGGCCAGCGAAUGAAUGCGGACGUCAGAGGCGCGUGACAGGUGCGCGGGAGAAUUCACACGUAUAGUUUAAACGGAUAGUCCAGGAUAGUAACGAAGCGGGGGAAAGCGGGCCUUUCCUCCUAUAUUGAAGCUCUGUGGAUGUGGACCUCGACUUGGGAUUCUGUCAGUGUCACGUUGCGGUCAGCUUUGGUCGUGAGUGUGAGAUCAAGUGAAGCGACGUGUAAUCUGUCCGGCUCUCCACAUGUAUAAUAUUUCUGCAAUUAUGUCUUAUCAUUUUGCAAAGACGUGUGCUAGUACGAAUAGUCUCUGUCAUGUGUUGACGCAUGUACGACCUAUGAUUUGUAUUCAGAGAUUUAGCUACGCUCAUGAUAUAAACAUAAACUUGAAUAGUGGACCAGUCAGUAUUCUAAAGCAGAAAAUAGCUAGGGGCGAGCUGAUGAACGAUACGUAUCAGACAAAAGUGGCACAGACCCUGCAGCAAAUUUACCAAGAAGUCCAAGAUUAUAAGCCGCAGCAAUUAAAUCUAUUGGAAAAAUGGUUUUACAGCAAGCGGAGGGAUGCGCCGAAAGGGUUGUACAUUUAUGGAGCAGUGGGUGGAGGUAAAACAAUGUUGAUGGACCUAUUUUACAAUUGUUGCCAGAUUGAAAAUAAGAAAAGGGUCCAUUUUCAUUCUUUCAUGCUGGAUGUGCAUAGUAGAGUGCACGAAGUAAAGAAGACUAUUGUACGAGAUAUGACUAGUACCAAACUGCAACCUUUUGAUCCGAUACCUCCAGUCGCCUCUGGCAUUGCAGAGGAGACUUGGCUGUUGUGCUUCGAUGAAUUUCAGGUUCAGAUUUUUAUUAUUUCAAGAAAACAAAUACUACUUGUAAGUAUAAUUAAAAAUAAAAGAUCAAUGAAAACAGAUGCGUUGCAGGUAACGGAUAUCGCAGACGCGAUGAUAUUGAAACGGCUGUUCACGGAGCUGUUCGAUAAUGGCGUGAUAGUGGUCGCAACUAGUAACAGAUCGCCAGACGAUUUAUAUAAGAACGGACUGCAGAGAGGAAAUUUUGUACCAUUUAUAAAAGUGCUGAAAGAUCACUGCUUCGUUAGUAAUUUGGACUCUGGGAUAGAUUACAGAUUAAAAUCGGGAUCCGGAAAUAAGAAGAUUUACUUCAUAAAAGGUAAAGACGCCACGAAUGACGUGGAUAAAGUCUUCAAGUACCUAUGUUCCAUGGAGAACGACGUGAUACGACCGCGCACGAUUUCCAUAAGAGGACGCAAUGUUACUUUUCGAAAAACCUGCGGGCAGGUGCUGGACUCCACUUUCGAGGAAUUAUGCGACAGGCCUCUCGGAGCAAGCGAUUAUUUGCAGUUGAGUCAAAUUUUCCAUACAGUCAUAAUAAGGGACAUGCCUCAGUUGAACCUACGACUUAAAUCUCAAGCUAGGCGAUUUAUUACUCUUAUCGAUACAUUGUACGAUAAUAAGGUACGGGUAGUUAUGUCAGCGGCUGUACCACACACACAGUUAUUUUUAUCAGAAAACGAGUCCGAAUAUACCGAUGAGAAAAGGAUGCUGAUGGACGAUUUGAAGAUUACGCAUGGCUCGGAGGAUCACAAGGCAAACAUCUUUACUGGAGAAGAGGAAAUCUUCGCGUUCGACCGUACCGUGUCACGUCUGGCUGAGAUGCAGACCUCACAGUAUUGGGAACAGUGGGAGCAUCACAGAUAAUGAUGGUGUUAAAACUAGUACAAAUAGAUUUGUGUGGCUCCGUACGAAUUCCCAUUCACUUAAAAUUAAAGAUUGUGUAAAAUGAUGAUUGUAAUUUUUAUAAAACGAUCUCUUGCGAGUAGUAGUUAUUUAAGUUUUCGUCAGGUAUAUGCGUAUGUAUUUUAUGCUCGAAGUGUUAACUUUCGCGCUUUCUCAGUAUUUUACCUCGUAAAUUAUUGUGUUGGAAACGUAAGUUUCUUAAA